CAUGCUGUUCUCGCUGCGGGAGCUGGUGCAGUGGUUGGGCUUUGCCACCUUCGAGAUCUUCCUGCACGGGCUGGCGGUGCUGGCUUUCUCCGUGCUGCUCGUGCUGAAGGUGGACGGCGCGGCCGCGGCGCUCUCCUGGUGGGUGGUGUUCGUGCCGUUCUUCGCCGCUGAUGGGCUCAGCACCUACUUCACCACCAUCGUGACGGUGCGGCUGUUCCAGGACGGCGAGAAGCGCCUGGCCGUGCUGCGGCUCUUCUGGAUCCUCACCAUCCUCAGCCUCAAGUUCGUCUUCGAGAUGCUGCUGUGCCAGAAGCUGGUGGAGCACACGCGGGAGCUCUGGUACGGGCUCAUCAUGUCGCCCGUCUUCAUCCUGCUCCAACUGCUCAUGAUCCGAGCCUGCCGGGUGAACUGACGCCGCGGGCACAGGUCUGCCUCC